AUGGUGUUUGCCAACAAUACCAGGAACAAGCAAAACCUUCGCAAAAGGACAGCCUUGCCAGAGCCUGGUGACACUUGCAAGGAUACAGAACACAAGAUUCACAGAGCGCUGUUGUCAAGCGCAGGGACCUGGGAGGUUGCUCCAAGUGACAAAAGUGUGAAGCAACUGCUUGUAACUCUCAAGCUUCUUCAUUCUGAAGAUGAUCCACGAGAACGGGUCUUUGACGCCAUGAAGCAAUACGCUCAGCGCAAACAGCUUGCUGGGAUGAAGACCUACAACGGCUAUGCCUGGCAAAUCAACCACCACUGCAGACAGUGCAGCCGCCUUGAUGCAGAUCGGCGAGAUGUUAUUGAAAGCGCGAGUCCCGUUUGA